AUGGCAUGGCGGUGCUCCGGAGUCACGAAUGAGGCACUAAUUAACAACAUGCUCGAGGCGGGCCUCAUUAACAGUCCUCGCGUCAGCGAAGCCAUGAAGAGCGUCGACCGAGCCCACUACGCUCCCGAAGCACCCUAUCAAGACUCACCGCAGUCCAUCGGUCACCGCGCGACGAUCUCCGCUCCACACAUGCACGCCGCAGCUGCCGAGUCACUCCUCCUUUACCUCCGCCCUGGAGCGUCAGUCCUCGACGUUGGAAGCGGUAGCGGCUACCUCACACACGUACUCGCAGCAUUAGUGCAGCCGGGCGGGAAGGUGGUGGGCGUGGAGCAUAUUACUGCAUUGAGGGAUAUGGGAGAGAGCAAUAUGAAGAAGAGCCAGGAGGGAAAGGCAUUGCUGGAAGGGAAGAUUGUGGAAUUUGUGAAAGCGGAUGGGAGAUUGGGAUGGAGGAGCGGUGCGCCGUGGGAUGCGAUACAUGUUGGUGCGGCGGCGAACGGAUUGCCUGAUCACUUGGUGGAGCAGCUGAAGGCGCCGGGGAGGCUGUUCAUUCCCGUUGAAGAGAAUGGCUCGCAGCAUAUCUAUGUCAUUGACAAGUCUGCUGACGGCACGGUGACGAAGAAGAGGGAGAUAGGCGUGCGAUACGUGCCUUUGACAGAUGCGCCUGCGGGGUGA